GCUACAGUUUAGAGUCAUUUGUUUUUUUAUUAUUUAAAUUAUGACAAAUUCAUAUCCCACAAAAUUAAAACCCCCCAAGAAAUCAAUCAAAAUUCAAAAGUAAUUAAUUGAUUAAUUAUAGAUCGUAUUUAUAUAUACAUACAUAUAUAGAUCGACCGAUCGAGAUGAAGUCGUCAGCGUCGGCGUCACAGCAUAAGCAUGCGAGAAACAACGGCGGCUGGGGCGGGGGCGGCACGGCGAAGAAGACGGUGGCGACGGCGGUGAUGGGCGUCGUGUGCGUAAUUGGGGCAGGCUACGUGAUGGUCGGACAGCCUCUGUAUUGGCUCCUCACCGACGCAUUCUCUCAUUGCCCUCCAUGCCUCUGUCGUUGUCCUCUUCAACCUCUCCUUUCCCUCCCAAUUGGUUGCAUGGAGUAUCACCCAGGGGUGGGGGAGAAAAACCUAACCAAAACCAGACAACUGGUAAAGGAACUGGAGGCAAGAGAAGGGGAAAUUCAAGGGAUACAACAGAAAGCAGACCAGAAACUGUUGGAGACAAAGAAGUUGACUUCUCAGUACCAGAAAGAGGCAGAAAAGUGCACUUCUGGAAUGGAAACCUGCGAGGAGGCCAGGGAGAAAGCCAAAGCGGCUCUGGAGGCGCAGCGAGGGGUUAGCUCAAUGUGGGAGCUUAGGGCUCGCCAUCAAGGCUGGAAAGAUAAAACCUUUGAAAACUAACCUUCAAAGCGUCAAAACGGCUCUUCAAGGUGAUGAUCAUG